AUGGGGUUGUAUGCAACAUUGCGUGGCAUUGGUGCCCAGUCUAAGUCAUACACCGAUGCAAUGAAAAUGAUUAAAGAGAAAAAUGUGGACACAAAGCUAUUUUUCGAGCAGGAUACAUUUGCAAAGAUAUUCAAGAGGCUAAAUUUGAGGAAGCAGUAUCCUUCUUCAUCAGAAAAACUAAACAUUGUGGACGUUUGUACGUCUUUUUCCCCUUUUGCGUAUUACAUGCAUCAAGAACUCCACCCGAAGAAUCAUGUUUUAUAUCCGGAAAGCCCGUCAGCCGGCGCAUUCUGGAAGCAGAUAACGGAUAAAGACCCAUUGAUGAGAGAUGUGAAGGUUGACCUUGGCCAGGCCAAUAAGCUUUUGAAGCAUUCAUUCAUUAGAAAGGCGCUGAAUGAAAAGUGGAUCACCCCUCAGGAGCAAACAGAUCUCUCUAAAAUUAACGAUACUCUUCUAUUGGUAGGUACAUUUAUGGGAUUUACAGGGUCGCGAUCACUAAGAGUCCUUUUAUUCUUCAAUCAAAUGAAAACAUCCAUUUUCCAAUUUAACAAUGUCAAAUUUUUGGCGUGGAUGCAACCAUCCGAAUGCUUAAAGUUUAUCGGACCAAUGGGGUCACGGCAUAGAAGAUCAAAUGCUUUGAUGACUAAUAUUUUUUCUGAUGUGAAAGUGAUUGCCUAUUCGAACUUCAGUAAAUAUAGACCCGCAGAAAGGUACCUUACAAAAUUAUAUCCAGAUGCAAUUCAACUUCCUACUAUGACCGCUAGGAAAGAUGCAUGCCUUGUCGAGUUUCAGUCAAAUUACUCCAAAUUUGAUAUCAAAUACCCAGAUGAAUUGCAGGUUCUGAUUCAUAAGAUGCUUAUCUGUCCAAGUAACAGGGUUGUGGAUAAUUUGUAUACGCUUGGACCCGGUGCAGAAGACUAUUUUAAGCAGCACUUAAGUGACGAUCUUUUGCAGAAAGUUCUGCCCUAUGUUACCGAGGAAGAAUUUGUUAAAAUGAGCGAAGUAUACUAUUAUUGGCCAUUUAAGCCUAAUACCGAGCUUGAAAUGUUUUUAGGAACGCCUACUCCUAUAAAUGAGGAUGAUUAG